UCUUCUUUUCGUCUUUUUCAUCUGAGAGUUUCUGUUCGUGGCUUGUUUCUCACAGCGAGAGAAGGAGGUCUUGGGGUCCCGUUAAUUUCGACGGAAGUCAUUAGAGAUGAUACUGUUGCAGUCGCCAUCGAGAUUUCUCCUUCAGACGUUAUCGAAUCGAGUACAAAAUCUAGAGAAGGGCGUUGAACUGGAUUGCCACUCGGUUGAAUUUGAUGACGUUCGCUAUCAUAUUCAGGUGUCUAUGAGGUAUCCUCAAUUUUUGCUGCUAUCCGUGUCUCUACCCACCCCUCCUCCAGAAACUGGUUUCUUUGGUGGGCUUCCUUUUGGAGCCAUAGAAGCUAUAAAAGCAGCAUAUGGUGUGCUCGUGCAGAUUCUUGACCCUCCCAGAGAUGGAUUUAAUUUGACAAUGAAAUUCAAUUUGUCGAAGCUUCCACCAGAUGAAGAGCAACACCAUGCUAUUCUGGUGAAGAUUGCAUCUGUGAGAGAAGUGGUACUCGGGGCUCCUUUAAGAUUGAUUCUAAAGCAUCUUGCUUCAAAGACAGUUGCUCCACAUGUAGAUCGACUUGUUGCUAUUGUUCAUAGGCCAAUGGAGUCAUUCUUCCUUGUCCCCCAGGCAGAAAAAGUGACUCUAGUUUUUCCUAUGAGAUUCAAGGAUUCCAUAGAUACUGUACUGGCAACUUCCUUCUUGCAGGAAUUUGUGGAGGCAAGGCGCACUGCCGGACUCAACAAUGCCCCUCCUUGUUUAUGGUCUCCUUCUCCUCCUCUAGAGCUGAAGGGAGCUCCUGCCCAAGCAUUAUCUGCAAAUGCAGGAUUUGUUACUUUCGUUAUAUUCCCACGCCACGUGGAAAGCAAAAAGCUGGACAGAACUGUUUGGAGUUUAUCAACAUUUCACGCAUAUGUUAGUUACCAUGUGAAAUGUUCAGAAGGUUUCAUGCACACCCGGAUGAGACGUCGUGUGGAGUCUUUGAUACUGGCUCUGGAUCGUGCAAAGCCAGAUGUUGAGAAGUCGAGGAAAGCUGCACAUAGCAGAUCCUUCAAGAGACUGAGCCUCAAAGGAAGCACGAGCUAAUUCAAAUUCAUGAAGACGUGCCAGUGGUCAAGCAG